CCGUGUGAAGCCUUCUAUUGGUCAAAAGUUUUAUCGACGUCAAUUUAGUCCAAUCACACGCAGAGUUUGCCUAAGCCCCACCCAAGUGAUUUUCAGUACAGCGGAACUGUUUCUUUGGAGGACGAAGAGAGAACCGGAGGAAAACGCUGUUGCACACUUCGUGAUGGCGCUCUUCCUGGAGACCUCAACAGUUUUACUGAGGAGAAUUAAAGACAUUAGACCGUUGACGGCCAAACGACACCGAGUUAAAGGCAAAUGGGCUACCACACUUCCCAAACAUCCUCCCACCAGACUGGCCCUUCAGCACUUUGAUGCCACCUACAGCGCCCAGCUUGGGGACCUGUGGCCCUCAGUCCGAGUGGCCCUGCUGUCAGAGAGGAAGUACGGAGCCCUCCUCAAUAAUUUCUGUCAUAGUCCAGAUCUGGAGGAACUUCAGGCUCAGGGCUGCAGAGACUUCAUUAGCAGCGGACAGGGUAGGUGAGCGGCUCCGCUACGUCUGCAUCAGGCUGGUUUAUGGCCUUUAGCUGCAAACCAUCGAUUAUUGGUGCUUCGAUAAUCCGUCUCUGCUGUCCCCUUUAGGCCGGACAAGUUUGGACUGUUGAGCUACUACCUGAUGGACGCGGCGUCCGUACUGCCUUCUCUGGCGCUGGACGUCCAGGCGAAUCACACGGUUCUGGAUCUCUGCGCCGCUCCUGGUGGAAAGGCCCUGGCUUUGCUACAGACGCAGUCAGCCAGGUUUCUGUGCUUAAAUGACUCGUCUGUGUCGCGGACGUCGCGGUUAAAGAGGGUCCUGCACAGCUACGCUCCCAAAGAGCUUCUCACCGACGACAAGCUGCGCAUCACCUCGGUUGACGGCACCAUGUGGGGCGAGAUCGAACGGAACUCCUUCGACAGGGUUCUUGUCGACGUUCCCUGCACCACAGACAGACAUUCGCUCAUGGAGGACGACAACAACAUGUUCAGCAGGAGCCGAGUCGGAGAAAGGCGGAGCCUCCCUCGGCUGCAGGCGGAGCUUCUGCUGGCGGGAAUCAUAGCUGCUUGUCCUGGAGGCGAGGUUCUGUAUUCCACCUGCACCCUCUGUCCCAGCCAGAACCUGGGCGUGGUGGAGCGAGCCGUCCAGCUAGCGGAGGAGAACCACGGCAUCCGGCUGCAGGUGGUCAGUCUCAGACCUCUGGUGCGGAUGUUCCAGAACACUUUUCACUUUGCUCCUGACCUCCACCUGGGCGAGAUGGUCGUCCCGCAUCUGGCCGCUAACUUUGGACCCAUUUACAUGUGCAAGAUAAGGAGACUCGCGUAAACGUUUAGAUAAGACGCAAGGACACAGAUUUUAUACUGACAGUUGUUGUGGCCAUUUAUGCCAAAUAUUUAUUUAUACCAAUUCAGUUUUCAUGGUAUGUAAAAUAUAUUUAAGUUAAUUUAGAAACGAAAUUUUUUAUAAAUUUUUUAUAUUUGGAAUAGUUUAGGUUCUGAAUUGUUAAACCCUCCCAUUAAUUUGAGUGAUUAAGAGCAGAGCGGGUGCUGAUGGAUGGGUCGGUUAAUGUCUGGUGCGGACCGGAGGUUUUGAAAAAUUAUUUUUUAACCACUUUUCUUUAGAGCUUCAAACAUUAAAUUUCGUUUCUACUAAGUUUCAAGAUAUUUUUUGUAAUUGUCUUUUUUUGUUUUUGCUUUUACAAUAAAUAAGUCAAGUUGGAAGUGCGUCCAAAUUUGAAAAAGGAAGGCAACCCAUACGUAAAACUUAAACAAGUGU